AAUGAGCACCUAAUAGGCUUAAAGACCUUAAAAAUAAAGACUUGAUCCAACAGAUAACUAAUUGCACGUGUCAUCAAAGAAAAGUGCUAAGGAAUUUGUUUUCAUUACAAAAAUAUUUUUGAAGAAAUUCAAUCAAGUUGAAUUACAUGCAUUAGGUGAAGCCACAAAGAUCAGUGUUAGAGUAGCUGAAAAUUUAUAGAGAUAAGGUAUUAUUAUAAAUCUUAUUCUCUAGGUUUAAUUACAAUAACUAAAAUUAAUUCUUUCACAGCUGAUAUUGAAGGAAGAAAAAGAGUGAAAUUAGUGAUCACUGUACAACUGACUUAAGAUGGAAAAGCAAGAAUCAAUCAAGAAUUAUAAGCUUGAAU